AAAUAAUCUUUAGUUGACUUAAAUAAAUUUAUUCAUUUGCUUAUCUUUUAAUUUUAAUUUUUAAUUUUUAAUCAUCUAUUUUUAAUUUUAUUCCGAAAGUUCCUUAAAGCAUAAGUCUGGAUACUCUCAACUUUUCGGGUCAAAUGGAGAUAAAGAGCAAAGGAAAAACUAUGAAGGAUGACUCUACUGACAAUCAGCCAUUUGAAAAAGAAAAGGUCUAUCAAUGGAUCACACAAUUGACAAAUAUGGAAACUCGCGAAAACGCUCUUCUUGAACUUGGUAAAAAACGGGAAAUUGUACCUGAUCUGGCUACUAUGCUAUGGCAUUCAUUUGGUGCCAUUGCUGCUUUACUUCAAGAGAUUGUUAGUGUUUAUCCAGCUCUCAACCCAGCAACUUUGUCUCCCCACCAAUCAAACCGUGUUUGCAAUGCUCUUGCAUUACUCCAGUGUGUCGCUUCCCAUCAAGAAACUCGAAGUGAAUUUCUGGCUGCAAAUAUACCAUUAUUUUUGUAUCCAUUCUUGCAAUCAACUUCAACAUCUAAAACUCGACCAUUUGAAUAUUUACGUUUAACAAGCCUUGGUGUGAUUGGAGCUUUGGUUAAAACAGAUGAACAACAGGUGAUCAGUUUCUUGUUGGCUACAGAGAUAAUUCCACUUUGCUUGAGAAUUAUGGAAAGUGGAAGUGACCUUAGUAAAACUGUGGCCACAUUUAUUCUGCAGAAGAUACUCUUGGAUGAGACGGGUCUCAAUUAUAUCUGUCAAACAUAUGAUCGUUUCUCUCAUGUUGCUAUGAUACUUGGAAAAAUGGUUGUCUCAUUAUCCAAAGAGUCUUCACCUAGACUUCUCAAGCACGUAAUCCGCUGUUAUCUACGUCUAAGUGAUAACCCAAGAGCUCGUGAGGCUCUACGCAAUUGCUUACCUGCACAAUUGAAAGAUGAUACCUUUCAAACUAUACUUGAUAAUGAUAAAUCAAGUCGACAAUGGUUGAUUCAGUUGCUCAAAAAUCUGGAACGAGAACCGGAACAAUGAGUUGAGAUCUCUUUUUUGAAUGCUGAUAAAAUCAGAUUUACUUUCGAUGCUUUGACUCUUUAUCGUGCUGGAAACUGCAAAAUGAUACUCAAUGGAUCGAAUCAUUGAGUUAUUUUCAUGUUCAUUUCUUUAAAAAGUCAUUAAUAAAUGUUAUACAUUAUCCUAUA